ACAGAGCGAGGCCGGAGCGGCGCCAUCACAGAUCAGGGUGGAGGCUCCUGGCCUCAGGGCUGAGGAGAACAUGUCGGAGCUCACAACCGUCCUCUACUCACUGCUGAUGGCAGUGCUGACUGCAGAUGGUCUGAUCGUCACGAUGAAGGCGCCACUUAUCUCGGCCAUGAGAGAUGAGAAUGUGACAAUCCCCUGUGAGUUUUCAGACUUUAUUUCUUGGAGAGCUAUGAAUGUGCAAUGGAUCAAAUCACAGAAUGGAAUUAGGACUGAAGUGUUCCGGUAUAUACCCGGACGGCCGAAGGCCUUCAGAGCCGGAUCCUAUAUGGAGGAGGAGAGCGAAAUCCAGAGAGGAAAUGCCGCCCUUCACAUCCCGCGGGUGCAGCUCAGUGACGAUGGAGAAUACAUCUGUGUUGUUGUAGUGACCCCGGACUACAAGGAAGGGAGAAGCACUCUGGAGGUGUCGGCUGUGCCCUCGGCUGCCCUGAUACCCGGAGAUGCCAUCAGAGUGGAGCUGGGAAACGAGAAAGUGGUGUCCUGUGACAUAAGCAACUUUUACCCUGAAGAUAUCACCAUUCGCUGGGUGCAAAACGAGAAAGACUCUACAAAAUGCGUUGUCCUGAACAAAGGAACCUGCACCGGGGACACCAUUACUAAUACCGAUGGGACGUUCAAUACUAGCAGUCAGCUGACCUUAUAUCCUACAAUGAAGGACGACGGCUACAAAUAUUCAUGUGUGGUGAAGCAUCGAUCUCUGCAGCAGGACCUGAUGAAGAACUUCACCCUCACAGUAACAGAUCGAAAAGAUAACUCCAGAGCAGUAGUGGCUGCCGUGAUCUGUACGAUACUUGGGAUGGCGGUUUUCUUAUCUGCUGGUUUGCUUUACUACCAAGUCAUCAAGAAAGAACCCCCCAGUAUUUCUGAGAUCACCGUCAUCGAGCCACUGAUUGACCUGAGCAGGACGACUCUGACCUGUCACAUUAUGAACUUCAAGCCUAAUGAUCUGGAGAUCUCUUUAUGUCUGAAGAGACGUGGAGGGGAGAUGAAGGAGGUCCACACCUGGAGGUCCAGAGACUUGGAUGAUGAGGAGCAGCAGAGGCUGAUGAAUGGGGAUGUCAACCACACACAGAGGCCCCUAGACCUGAAGAUGAAGGCAGAUGUAAAACCCAAUAGAUCCCGUCUUCUCCGCUGUAUUUCCUGGCGUAGACUUUCCACUUACAGCUGUCAGUGUUCUAUUCACAUCACCCCCAGCUUUGCUGAAGAUAACGGAGCAGAAUUCUCUGUACGUGUAUCACACCCGGCACUGACAGAACCAAGCUCUCAGCAGAGGACAUUGCGGGUCAUCGGAGUUGCUCCGAGGCUAUUAAAGAUCUUCAGUCCACCAUAUAUCACGCAUGAGGUGCCGAUGAUGCUGGCUUGUCCCAUAAAUGGAUUUAAAUCAAAGACUUUGCACAUAACAUGGCUGAAGAAGGACAAGGAGGACCAGGAGACCGAAAUCGUAAGAUGGCCAUCUGAUGAUGGGGCCGACGUGAAAGAUGAUGUCCAUAAUGUAAUAGAGAGUGAGCAUGACGACAAGUCCUACAGCAUUUUUAGUGCCUUAAAGGUAAAACCAACUGUGAACUGCGACGAUGGAGUGAAAUACAUCUGUAGGACCUUCCACCCCGCGACAAGUCAAUCGGCAGAACAAGCACUGGUCAUGGCGGUCUCAGCUGUUCCUGUGCUGGGUCCCAUACAGCAGACAAAGGACAAGCUCUACGUGAGGGAGAAGAUGAAUCUGACCUGUAAGAUCCAUUCAUUUUACCCGGCACCUAUAGAGGUCACAUGGCGCACAGAAGAUGGACAGGUGCUGACCUCUACCCUCUCCGACCCCCUCCCUGACUCGGCUGGUCUGUACCAGGUCACCAGCUCCAUGAAUUACUGUCCAACAUUGAAGGACCUAAAAAAGACAUUUACAUGUGAAGUGAAACAUGGAAGUACUGGAGUCACAAGAACAACUACAUGGAAACUGGAAGAUCUGAUUUCGGAGCCCACGGUGUCUGAUAUUUCUUGUAUUCCCCCGUCUCCUGAGCCUGGUACUUCGGUGACCUUAUCCUGCGAUGUCAGUGACUUGUACUCUACGGACUUUACAGUUCUGUGGUUCAGAAACAAUCAAAAGAUGUCAGAAGAGAAGUGCAAAAAUACUUUUCAGCCGGAUCAGUCUGGGACGUAUCGGGGAACCGUAGAAGUGAACUGUCUAGUAACUCCUGAUUUUUACGAGCAGGAGAUCCGUAUGGAGCUGAAUGACUCCAAACACAUUAUCGAAAGAAAGUUUAGAUUCACCCUGGCAGGGUCCCCAGUCCUUAGUGACAUCACCAGCGAGCCCAGUGACGCCAGAUACGGCCAGCCUGUGACUCUGCGCUGCAGGGUAACCAACGCUAAACCGAAAGAUGUAGAGGUGAAGUGGUUAAAGAGCGACAAACCCCUGGAGAGCGGACAAGGAGUAGCGAAGCAAAUCCCUGAGGAGGACGGGUCCGUAUCCUGCUCACUGCAGAUCACUGCUACAGCCCUGGACUACGCCAAAGCUUACACCUGCUCUGUGAAGCCCAAGAACAUGACAGCGACGCUCAAGAAGACCCAUUAUAUAAAGCUCCCGGAUAAAGCACCAAAGUUUUCAGAGAUAAGUGUGCGGCCGGAGAGACCUGUCGCAGGGAAGGAAGCCACAUUCACAGCGACCAUAUCUGGAUUCACACCAGACAUUCGGGUGAAAUGGUAUAAAGAGUUCGACCCAUUUCCCAGCGACUUUGUCACCACAUCAGAUCCACAGAUUGGAAAGGACUCUCUAUGCACUUGUUCCAGCAGCCUGAGGUUCACUCCCCAGGACAAGGACCAUGGGGCGUCCAUCCGCUGUGAGGUGACACAUUCUGUCACUAAGAAAUUAUAUGAGCAGCCGUACACCCUGCAUCUCUCAGGAAGGACCUCGGAUGGACAUCUGCCUCUCGCCACACCACACUCAGGACAUCUAAAGCCUCCACUCAAAACCAAAGGCAUUCAGUGCCUGACGGAGAAUCCGCGGGUGGGAGGUAAAGUCACACUCACAUGUUAUGUUGAUGGAUGUGACGCAGAUCAUUCGGAGUUCUCCUGGAGGAAAGGAAUGUUUCCUAUCGACAGUGGCAUAGAGAACCGGACUCUAGAGGACGGAUCUGGCAGCUUUUCCACAGUCACCUUCACAGCCCAAGAGACAGACCGAGACUGCACAAUGAUCUGUGAGGUGAAUUAUAAUUUCCAGAUACAAGAGGAACAUUUCACACUGAAGCUUCAAUAAGGAUCUACAGGAAUCAAUGGGAGCGAGACUUAUCAAUGUCUACAGUCAUGGGGUAAAUCAGAGCGAACAUAGACUCAUUAAUGUCUACAGUCCUGGGGUAAAUCAGAGCGAGCACAGACUCAUUGAUGUCUACAUUCUUGGGGUAAAUCAGAGCGAGCACAGACUCAUUGAUGUCUACAGUCCUGGGGUAAUAAGAGCGAGCACAGACUCAUUGAUGUCUACAGUCCUGGGGUAAAUCAGAGUGAGCACAGACUCAUUGAUGUCUACAGUCCUGGGGUAAAUCAGAGCGAACACAGACUCAUUGAUGUCUACAGUCCUGGGGUAAAUCAGAGUGAGCACAGACUGAUUGAGGUCUACAGUACUGGGGUAAUAGGAGCGAGCACAGACUGAUUGAGGUCUACAGUCCUGGGGUAAAGAUAAACCUAUACAAAAAAGCAGAGUGUAAGAAGGCUCCAAAUAAAUAAUAAUCUUUAUUAAAUAUGUAUAUAAGACAUGACAAAAAUAGAGACAAAAUACAUCAAUACAAAAGUGCGGUAUACUCCUUAGGGAAAUUUACAUAGGUACAAAUCUCAUAUAAGGGGAAGGAAUGCAAUAAUUAUACAUCCCUUGACCAAGGGUAAAUAGAUGGUAAUAAGUAUCAAGUAAAUGCUAGUGCAUCACAAUGCAUAAAAAGCUAUACACAAAAACCGCCCCUCAUACAGAAUGUAACCUCAAUCUAUCACAUACCCUGUUCCAUGUUGAGUGGGCUUGUUGAGAGUUUGUGAUGUUGCCCAUUAUUGGCUUUGGACCGCUUCUUAAUCUAAUUUUGUGUAACCUGUGUUUAUUAUUCCUGGAGUAAAUCAGAGCGAGCACAGACUCAUUGAUGUCUACAGUCCUAGGGUAAUAGGAACGAGCACAGACUCAUUGAUGUCUACAGUCCUAGGGUAAUAGGAGCGAGCACAGACUCAUUGAUGUCUACAGUCCUAGGGUAAUAGGAGCGAGCACAGACUCAUUGAUGUCUACAGUCCUAGGGUAAUAGGAGCGAGCACAGACUCAUUGAUGUCUACAGUCCUAGGGUAAUAGGAGCGAGCACAGACUCAUUGAUGUCUACAGUCCUAGGGUAAUAGGACCGAGCACAGACUCAUUGAUGUCUACAGUCCUAGGGUAAUAGGAACGAGCACAGACUCAUUGAUGUCUACAGUCCUGAAGUAAAUAGGAACGAGCACAGACUUAUUGAUGUCUACAGUCCUGGGGUAAUAAGAGCGAGCACAGACUCAUUGAUGUCUACAGUCCUGAAGUAAAUAGGAACGAGCACAGACUUAUUGAUGUCUACAGUCCUGGGGUAAUAGGAGCGAGCACAGUUUUAUUGAUGUCUACAGUGCUAUGUGCAGUACCCCAGUUAUGGGAACUACAAAUUAACACCAGAUGACGCUCACAGCCGGCCCGCGCAUGCGCAUCGCGGGCCAGCAAAAGUUAGAGGAGUGAUACAUCAUCAGCCUGCCAGCCAAUGAUCAUC